UCAAUAGCAAUCGGUCUAUCAUAUGCAUAUCAUGUUAUUGUAAAUCCUUGAAAAAUCCGAGGGCAAUUUCUUGCAUUCCGCUCUAGAGCAUUUAUACGUCGCCGUUUAGCUUGCUUUAACUCACUAUUCGCGAGAGGGAGAAUAUAGUAUUUUCACAGCUUUCUCUUAACUGUUCCUUGAUCGUUUAAACGUCGCCGUCAAAGUUCACUGCCUGGCCAAGCCAAGCUAGCUGAGACGGCCAGUCUUUUAGAGAGAGAAAAUCCAAAGUGUAGAGAGAGAAGGAGAAUGAAACCCUAGAUUUUGAGUUUGACCAGUGAAAUUUGGGUAAAAGAAGAAAAAUGGUGGGGAGUUCACUGACUGGAUUGCAGGAUCACUUAAAACUGGCCCGAGAGUAUGCUCUCGAAGGUUUGUAUGAUACUUCGAUUAUCUUCUUCGACGGCGCCAUUGCUCAGAUCAACAAGCACCUGAACACGCUUGAUGACCCUUUAAUUCGUACAAAAUGGAUGAAUGCCAAGAAAGCCAUAUCAGAGGAGACAGAAGUUGUUAAGCAAUUAGAUGCAGAGAGAAGGGCAUUUAAGGAAACUCCCACAGGGCGACGUGCUGCCUCACCACCUAUUAAUGCUAAAUCAUCCUUUGUUUUCCAACCAUUAGAUGAGUACCCUACUUCCUCUGGUGCUCCUAUGGAUGAUCCUGAUGUGUGGAGGCCCCCAAGUCGUGACACAACGAGUAGGAGACCUGCUAGGCCUGGUCAAGUGGGUAUGAGGAAAUCUCCGCAGGAUGGGAAUUGGGGUCGUGGUGGUUCAACAAGAACGGGUACAACUGGCCGUGCUCAAAAGUCUGGUGGUUCAAGCAGGGUGAACUCGGGGGUCCGAGCAUCAACUACUGGGAAGAAAGGCACUGGGGCUGGAAAACCUGGCAAGGGAGAUUCAGCUAAUGGCGAUGCUGAAGAUGGAAAGUCCAAAAAGGGACAAUAUGAAGGACCUGAUCCUGACUUGGCUGCCAUGCUCGAAAGGGAUGUCUUGGAAACUACUCCUGGAGUUAGAUGGGAUGAUGUUGCAGGACUUAGUGAAGCAAAGAGACUUCUAGAAGAAGCUGUUGUCCUUCCAUUAUGGAUGCCUGAAUAUUUCCAGGGAAUAAGGAGACCAUGGAAAGGGGUUCUUAUGUUUGGUCCUCCUGGUACUGGAAAGACCCUGCUUGCUAAAGCUGUUGCUACCGAGUGUGGGACAACAUUUUUCAAUGUCUCAUCUGCUACAUUGGCUUCAAAAUGGCGUGGGGAGAGUGAGCGCAUGGUUCGGUGCUUGUUUGAUUUGGCACGAGCUUAUGCACCAAGUACGAUUUUCAUUGAUGAGAUUGAUUCCCUGUGCAACGCCAGGGGGGCUUCAGGGGAACAUGAAUCAUCUAGAAGGGUCAAGUCUGAACUUCUUGUUCAAGUAGAUGGUGUAAACAAUACUUCCACAAAUGAAGAUGGUAGCCGAAAAAUAGUGAUGGUUUUGGCAGCUACUAACUUCCCUUGGGACAUAGAUGAAGCUCUGAGGAGGAGGUUGGAAAAGCGUAUCUACAUUCCACUUCCAAAUUUCGAGAGUCGUAAGGAGCUUAUUAGGAUCAAUUUGAAAACUGUUGAGGUAGCUCCUGAUGUGGAUAUUGAUGAAGUGGCUCGUCGGACAGAGGGUUACAGUGGAGACGAUCUAACAAAUGUGUGCCGUGAUGCUUCCUUAAAUGGCAUGAGGCGCAAGAUAGCCGGGAAGACACGGGAUGAGAUUAAAAAUAUGUCUAAAGAUGAGAUUUCUAAGGAUCCUGUUGCAAUGUGCGAUUUUGAAGAAGCCUUGCAAAAGGUCCAACGAAGUGUAUCCCAAGCUGAUAUUGAGAAGCAUGAGAAAUGGUUUUCAGAUUUUGGAUCAGCAUAAGGAGUAUAUUUCCAAUGUUAAAACGAAGACAUUUGCUGGUUCUUUUUCUUUUUCGAUUCAUUACUGUGGUGCUAUGUUUGUAUUUCUCAUCUGUGAUUUGAUUGUUUGUAAUCCAAUUAUUGGAAAGGGCUCAUAUAUAUAUAUUUGUCUAUUAUGUUAUUUUUUUGUAUCUGCUCUGCUAUGCAAUGUAAUUCAAUUUAUUUUACAGAA